AUGAAUAUUUUUGUAUUUAUGGAACGAAAUCCGCUGAACAUAUUCAGUGCUGCAGUGGAAAUGCACAAUAGUUUAUCAAUCCUGUUUUUCCGGUGCGUCUCCAAUCAAACUUGUCACUGUGCUUUCAACUUCUGUGAUUCUGUUUUCGAUAUUCUGAAGUAUCAAGCAUAUUUUAUGUCAAGGACUGAUGCUGCGUUUCUUUUCUACGGUGCAAAAUCAUGUAAAUUCUUAUACGUAAAGGAUAUCUUUGUUGUUGAUUUUAUCGAUCAUUUUAAUCAGAUUAUCUUGGAAUUGUUUCAUCACAUCAUUAAUCUGUAA